AUGUUAAAUCUAGUGGUGUUGACAACUAUAAUAACAUCAGUGCUAUCACAAGAAAUAAUAGGUGUAGCUUACACUUUUGAUGAAGAUUUUAAUUGGACCUUUGACAAUAAAACGUGCCAAAACAAAAAAGGAUGGAAUUUGAUAAGUUACGAACAUUUAAAAAUACCGUCAUCAAAUAUAGGCAGUCCUGUCGGGAUAAGAGCAAUUAACAAUAGUUGCACUUCAUCAUUUCCCAUAAUUUUCUUCUCGGAUAGCAUUUUAGAACUAACAGUGUACCUUAAGGUGAAAGCUUUUGAAAGUGGAUUGACUGCAACGGUAUUUGAUGAAGUUGGAGUUCCUGUAGUGAAGUACGUUUACAAUAAAUCUAGUGAAAACUUUUUAUUAGGAUGGAAUACACUAUUAAUUCCAAUCCACGUAAAUUUAAAAGGAUAUAUCAACCUUCUUGGAUAUUGUCAUAGUAAUGAAAUUGUUAUAUUGGAUUCAUUUAGAUACACGAUAAACAAAACUAACUACAACAGUAAUAAACAAAAGGAAAUAAGCUUACAUACAGAUGUUAUUGAUAUAGUCGAGUUUGGUAGUGGUGAUGAAGACAUUGAUAUCGAAGGAUCUGGAAGCAUUGACGAAAAUGAUUCAAAUACUACAAUACCAGAGGAUUCGGGAUAUAUUACCGAGCCGCCUGACUUACCAACAAGUACUAAUUUUUGGAACCCGGCGACUAUAACUAUUAUUGCUGCUGGUUCUUUUGUAUUAAUUUCAAUAAUUUGUAUUUCUGCUUAUCACUUUGGUAAGCUCAGAGGUCUAGAACAAAAUGCAUCAUUAUUUGAAAACAUUGAACCAACAAUAACCAUAACUAUACCUCGAGUUAACAAUAUUUAUUCAAACCCCUUUUCGAAUAGAUUUAGGAGAUAG